AUGUCUGAUAGACCGAUUAUCCUUGAACGGCGUUAUGUUGUAAGGGAUGGUUUGGCUUGUUCGCCCCCAGAGGGCACUCUUGUGUUCCCCUAUAUCCUCAGGCCCUGCUCCCUGCCCACAUGCACAGCAGUGCUUCUCGACCCUGCAGCCAGCUCUGUCUGGAAGGCCAUGAUGCCUGUCCCAGAGCCCAGAGUCAGAGUGGAAUCGCCCCCAGCACCGGGAGUAUCGGAAUCAUGGGCUAUUGAAGCGAGUCCAGCUGCAAGAAGACAAGAGGCAAGCAUCAUGGCGGCCGCCAUCUUUACCCUCCUGCUGCUGCCUGUGGCUGCUGCCAUCUCCGACUGCAUCCUGAAGAAAGAAGAAGCCAUGUGUCUGGAGAAGAUCGAGGAGGCCAACGAGAUGAUGGGGCUGAACAACUCCUCCCCAGGCUGCCCUUGGAUGUGGGACAACAUCACGUGCUGGAGGCCAGCCGUCAUGGGACAGGUUGUGGAGGUUGGCUGCCCUGAACUCUUCCAGAUUUUAAAUGAAGGAGGAUUUGACUUAGAAGACAAUGAAGCCCUAGACACUUCAGACACCGGGGUUGUGAGCAGGAACUGCACUGAGGAUGGAUGGUCCGAGCCCUUCCCCCACUAUUUUGAUGCUUGCGGAUUCGAUAAUGAUUAUCUUGAGGGGGGUGGGAAUCAGGAUUACUACUACCUGUCAGUGAAGGCGCUCUACACCGUGGGCUACAGCACCUCCCUGGUCUCCCUCACCACGGCCAUGGUCAUCUUGUGCCGCUUCCGGAAGCUACACUGUACCCGGAACUUCAUCCACAUGAAUCUCUUCGUCUCCUUCAUCCUGCGGGCGAUAUCGGUCUUCAUCAAGGACUGGAUACUGUACGAGGAGCAGGACACCAACCAUUGCUUCAUCUCCACAGUGGAGUGCAAAGCCGUGAUGGUCUUCUUCCAUUACUGCGUCAUGUCCAACUACUUCUGGCUCUUCAUCGAAGGGCUCUACCUCUUCACCCUCCUGGUCGAGACCUUCUUCCCAGAGCGGAGAUACUUCUACUGGUACAGCAUCAUCGGCUGGGGUACCCCAACCAUUUGUGUGACAGUCUGGGCAGUGCUAAGGAUUCACUUUGAUGACAACGGCUGCUGGGAAAUGAACGACAACACAGCCCUGUGGUGGGUCAUCAAAGGCCCAGUGGUGGGCUCCAUAAUGAUAAACUUUGUCCUCUUCAUUGGCAUCAUCGUUAUCCUGGUCCAGAAGCUUCAGUCUCCGGACAUUGGAGGCAAUGAAUCAAGCAUCUACCUCAACUGCGUGCAGAAAUGUUACUGCAGGCCAAAGCGGGCUCAGCAGCACUCUUGCAAGAUGUCAGAACUGUCCACCAUUACUCUGAGGCUGGCCCGCUCCACGCUGCUGCUCAUCCCACUCUUUGGAAUCCACUACACGGUGUUCGCCUUCUCACCAGAGAAUGUCAGCAAGAGGGAGAGACUUGUGUUUGAGCUGGGACUGGGCUCCUUCCAGGGUUUCGUGGUGGCUGUCCUGUACUGCUUUCUGAAUGGCGAGGUGCAGUCCGAAAUAAAGAGAAAAUGGCGGAGCUGGAAAGUCAACCGGUACUUUGCUGUGGAUUUCAAGCACCGGCAUCCAUCCCUGGCCAGCAGUGGGGUGAACGGGGGCACGCAGCUGUCCAUUCUGAGCAAGAGCAGCUCGCAGAUCCGGAUGUCCAGCAUCAAUGCUGAGAACCUGGCCGCUUGAACGGUGCUCCAGAUGGCGGCCACAGCCACCCUCCUGUCCCUUUAUAAAAAUGAGUUGCAUUGUGGGAUUGGGGCUGGGAGGGAAGUGGGGAGGAGAGGCCGGGGCUCCUCGGGAUGUCUGAGCCUGUGGAUGAGUGUGCUCGUGAGCGUCUGUCUGUCUGUGUCUCUGUAUGCGUGAGGGUGUGCGUGCGCGUCUUUUUUUCUUGAAUGAACGUCGUGUGUCCGAAAGGGUGAGCCUGGGAGCCCCGAGUCUUCAGAGAGGAGGAUGCAGCGCUUGUCAUUUUUGAAGCGUUUUGGUUUUUCUCAUGUUCCUUUCCCCAGCACCUUGUAAAUAGAGCUGCAGAGCUGGGAAGCCAGGUGCACGCCCUCCCAGCUCUGACAGCGACCCUGCCCAUUGAGGCCUCACCCUCCCUCAUUUCAUGCAGCACCCUCAAGGGGAUGUGCAGGGCCCGGGGAUCACUCACCUGCCCUCUUUGCCUCAUCGUGGGUCCCCCUUGACCAGGGUGAGAGCCUAGAGGACCCACAGGGUGGGUGGGGAGACCUCUGGCUGACCUCAGCCUGUUCCCCACCUGGGGGCCAAGUGCUCAGAUCCCUGGGCUGAACUAGACCCCUCUUCAAGUUUGCAAUGAUUGGGGCUCUCAGGAUGGGGAGAUGUCAAAAGAAAAUGGUCACUGUUCUUUGUUUCCCGAUGGGGGUAGGGUGUAGAUAUGAGCAAAGGCACUGUGAAGUCAUCCCCCACCAAGGGGGAUGAGGGGAGGGCUUUGGGGUACUUCUCUGGGGGCCCCUCCCAACUCUAUCCCAGCUUGGUCCUCAGGAGAGGUUCCAAGACCGCAAGCAUGUGGGAAAGCGGGGGCGUGUCCUGACCUGCCCACUACCUGGCAUCCACAUCUGUAUCUUCCCCAUGGAUUUUCUUGGACUCCAUUAGUACAACAUUGUUAUAGAUAGCCCUGCUUCUGAGCCCCGCCUCCUGUGCGUCUAAGGCAUGGCCAGCAGGCCUGCCCACUUCUUUGUGAUGUCCAUCCGUCCCACAGGGCCUUCUCCUGCACCAGCAGCUGAGCCUGAGGGAGAGCCCUGGGGCUGGGGCUCUUGCCCCACAAAGGCUUGCCUCCUGUGGCCCAGCUCUCUGAAGCCCUGGCCUCUGCUGAUAGGAAUGACAUGGGACUUCGGAGUGAAUGCAGAGGCAGAGCUGGGGCCCAGUCGCCAUGUGAAUGAGUGACCCAGAACAGGCCUUUCCUCGGGCCCCUCCCUUCUCCCACCUGGAGUCCGAGCCACACGUCACUGGGCCCCUUCAGAGAAUGGAGGGACCAUGACCAUCCAACAUUCCUCUCAGCUCUUCGCGGCGCCACCCGCAGGAAUUUAAAUGAACAAAAGCCAAGGUGUCAGGCCAGGUCUCCCGGCUGUCCUUGGGACCAGCAGAAAGAAGGCUGAGGUGUUAUCUGAUGGUUUUCUUCAGGGAGGGGAGGGAUUUUUCUCUCUUUCUUGAGAAGGUGAGGGCCUCUCAUGGGACCAGGGCCUGUGGGACCACUUUGGGGAGAGCCAGGAGCCCCUCUAGGAUCUGAGACAUUCCACCCUCCAGGGAAACCAUCCCCAGGACUCUGGUUUAACCAUCCCACCCCUGGCUCCCCUCUGCUCAGCUUUUCUGUGGUGCCCAAAACAAUUAAAUCUUGGACAAAGCAAAGAGAGAGAAGAAGGAAGACCAGACCAGAGCAUCACGAUGCUGUGCAUAGAGAACAGCCUGUGGAGACAAAGGCCUGAGCUGGAAUUCCUUCUCUGAUGCUUUUUAGAAGCACCUGGACAAGUCACCUUAUCCCUUGGGCAUCAACUGCCCCAUUUGUUAAAGAGGAAAUUGGACCCUUUCAGCUCUAAGUCCUGUGAUGGUUCCCUGGAAGUUGCAAAGACCAGGCUAGUUGUGCGAAUGGGCAGAGCGUUCUGGGCCCCUUGGGGGCCAGCCCCCAUGUGUCCUGUUUCUGGGGAACACAUGGGAGGGCCCCGACUUGUCCUGCUGAGCCCCGUAGGCAGCCUAGCCGGGAGACAAUUCCCUGCGGGCCAGGCUGGCCCAGAACAAUGGUACCGUUGGUCCCAAACCUCUAUCUCUCCCCAGUCUUCUCCCAAGGCAUGGGAACACACCAAUACAAUUGGCCUUCCUGUUCCCUUCUCAGACCCCAUUGGCAUCCCAAGCCUAGUGGGAAGGGGCAGAGGAGACUAUAAGUCAGGCGGCAGGGGCUAUAGCCCCAGCUCUGCCCCUGGCUGUCUGCGCCUGUGGGUUCUCCUCUCCAUUAAGUAAGAGGAGGCACUCCAUUGUGCCUGUGGUCCCUCCUUCUCCCUCCAACAUGCUGUGGUCUCUUAGCCAGCAUCUAAGACUGGAUGGUGCACGUUGUAGGUGGGAGAUCAUAGGAACCUUCUGUUCAGGGGAAUGGACGCUAAUUCCCAGGACAGGAGUCGUCAUCCCCACAAGCUGCUGGGAGGCAGCCUGGGGAGGGCACAAGACCCCAAGUUGGAGUUUGGCCCUGCCCCUAAUUCCAGGGCCUCAGUUUUCUUGCCUACAACACAGAGGUAGAGACACCUAGCAGCCUCACAGGCGGAGAUAGGGCUGGGCCUGGAGUCAGGAAGAUUCAGGUUCAGAUCUUACCUCUGAUCCUCAUCUGCUGAGCUGUAUGGUCCUGGACAAGUCACCCAAUCUUUCUGAGUCUCGGAGGACUGCCUCGAACCUAUGUUGCUGGGGAAGAUUCCAACCACUGGAGGUCACAGACCAUUUCCUCAGCUGGAUAAUUCCUGGCCAGUUUAAUUCCAGAGGACCACCACAGUUCCCUGCAUGACUCCCAUGGGUACCAGUAGGCUUGUCCUCAAGGAUGAGAAAGGAGCUGGAUGGGGGCAGGAGAGAGAUCCAGUGAGCUGAUGGGCCAGCCAAGGCUGGAGCCCAAGCCCCCUUCCUCUGGGGGCCCCUACCCUGCUGCUGCCCACCAGCUCCCCCUCUCUCCUCAGUAUGGAGUCUAGGGAGAGGCGAGAGGACCCAUCACCACUGCUCCUUGGCCUUGGCUGUGGAUGACAAAGAGGCCUUGGGGUGUCUGGACCUGCUUCCCCCACUAACCAACUAGCUGGACCUUGAAUAAGUCACUUAACCAACCUCUCUGAGCCUCAACUGUAAAGAGGGGCUGGAGAAUAACAUCCACCCUGGUAACUCACAGGCUUGUUAGAGGACCCAGUGAACUAAAUCCCUUUGCUUUUGGAACCCCCCAGCUCCCAGGAGCCCCUCUCUGUCGUUGUUAAUGGUCAAGCGGUCAUUGGCGCUGGGGCCAGAAAACUAGUCCCCUGCCUGACCUUGGAGCUUUGCCAGGCUUGGAGAUGGGGGGCACUGGAGUCCGUAAGAGUCCAGGACGCCCUCUCCAUCCCUGCCCCAUGGACGAGGUCUGGAAGGAUUCAUCAUUGGGAAUUUCCUCAGCCAUGGAACCCAGGACAACUCCAGCAGCAGCUGGGAGGGGCAGGGGAAGUCUGGGGGUCUGGGUGGCCUCUCUUAGGUCGGGCUUUCUACCCUCAUCUUUGUGAAUAACUUCUUACUUCUCUAUCUGGGGGGGACAUUCCCACAGUGCACCCCCAUGAGGGGCUCCACUGGGGAUGGAUAAGGACACUCCCCCGGUCAUCCCAGAACACAGAUGGGGUGAGAGAGGACCUUCUGGGAAAUGCCUCAGGGUCCGUGGGGGGGACCCCUCUCCUCACUCUCUUUCUCCACCCCAGACCCCCCUCUCUGUCCUGUUCAGUGGAUGUCUGUCUUGCCGUGUCUGGAUUUCCAUGAGGGUUGGGGUCAUCUCGGGCAUCCAGCUUUGGUCCCCUGGCUGGAGGGCCUGGGUGGGGGUGGGGUCGCUUGUCUGUGUUGAUGUCAAACUCUGGGGCCCCGCUACUACCUCCUGGAUGAGCUCUGCUCACAGGCCAGUGUUGCCAGGCUGUCCAAGGUGCCCCCUUCUGUAGAUGGUUCAAUAAAUGUCUUCUCAUUUUCACCUGG